UUGACGUUCAACUCACUACACUGUUUUGGAAGACCUACAACCAAGAUGACGGCCAUCAUUCAUAGAAGCAAUGUUCUCCAGCAUCAAAUUAUGGUUGCUGAGACGGUGAAGUACCCGGUGAACUACCCGGCCCUCAUCCCGCUGUCACCAUCCGUGGCGGGCCUCGGCUACAACACGUGCUCGUCCUCGCUCCUGCACGCGGCCAACUACUCGCCCAGCCACAUCAUGGACUCCAAGGCCUCCUCAGGCCUGCAGGGUGGGCAGGACACGCCCGUAGGCCUGGGCGCCCCCGGCCUGAGCAUUCCCUCCACGCUGGAGCUCGCCGCACAGCUCCGCAAGAAGGAGAUCUUCACGCAGCGCAAGCAGCGCGAGUUCAUCCCCGAGAACAAGAAGGACGAGUCGUACUGGGACCGGCGGCGCCGCAACAACGAGGCGGCCAAGCGGUCCCGCGAGAAGAGGCGCUUCAACGACAUGAUCCUCGAGCAGCGCGUCGUUGAGCUCUCCAAGGAGAACCACGUGCUCAAGGCCCAGCUCAACGCCAUCAAGGACAAGUACGGCAUCCUGGGCGAGACGCUCAUCAACAUGGACCAAGUGAUCGCAAACAUGCCGCAGACGGAGCAGAUCCUCAACAAACGGACCAAGUUCUCGCAGGCGCUCAUCACUCUGGGCAGCCCCCCCUCCGUCACGUCGCUCCUCAGCCCCAACGGCAGCUGCGCCUCCAGCCCCCCACCCCCCAACGCCCACUUCCAGGACCCUGAGUCCCCCUCGCAGUACUCCCACUACGCCCCGCCCGUCCAGAUGGACGACCACGAGAGCCCCUACGACGCGCCCUCGCAGCAGUACCCACCGACGUCCGCGAGCGACCUCUACCACAGCCAGAACGCCCUCAACCUGUCCGCCCGCACCACAUGGACUACUCGCCCAGCGACGUCGAGCUGUCGCGACGCUCGCCCGUCAGCGAGGCCGGCUCGUCGCUGCCACACAAGCUGCGCCACAAGAGCCACCUGGGCGACAAGGACGCCGCGCAGUCGCUGCUGGCGCUGCACGGCAUCAAGACGGAGCCACACGACGCCCACCACGAGGCCGCCGAGGACUCCGUCGGCUCCUCGGACGAGCGCGACUCCGGCAUCAGCUACUCCUCCUCCUCGCCGUGCUCCGACUACCACCGGACGUCGGACACCAGCUCCUCGCCCAUCUCCGGGGACGCAGAAGACAGCCUGGAGUACGAGAACACACACCUCAGAUCCGAGCUGGAGCGGCUGGCGAGCGAGGUGGCGACCCUCAAGUACAUGUUCGUGCGCAGACCGCGCUCCGAAACGGACUCGGACGGGUCGCGCUGAGGACGCGGCCGCGGCGGACACCUUCUCCCCUCCGGUGUGUGAAUGCGUGCAAAAGUGAGUGUGGCUGUGAAAUGGGCGUGCGAAACCGCGCCCAUGUGACGUGGGCGGCCCGUGACGAGUGUGAUAUUCACACGACGGCGGACGAACUUAAUGCCCGUGACUCGAGAGCGCCCGAAAAGGCUCCUCUCGGCGUAUACGUCAAGCAGAUUGUACCUAUGUAUUUUCUCUGAACAUAUACAGACUGUAAAUACUUUUGUGCCAUUAGAAAUUAUAUGUUUUGUGAUCCUCUUGCA